AUGAGUGGUGGCUGGAACACCAUCGAAUCCGAUGCAGGUGUCUUCACCUCACUUAUCGAGAACCUGGGCGUAAAGGAUGUCCAGUUUGAAGAGCUCCUGACCCUCGACCCUUCCGAGCUAGCCACUUUACAACCCCUCUACGGCGUCAUCUUCCUCUUCAAAUACCCAACCGACCAGCCGUAUUCCUCUGCGACGGGACCGCAGGACGGUACCUUCGACCACGAUGCCUCCCAGUCAAUCUUCUUCGCUGCCCAAACUAUACAAAACGCAUGCGCCACCCAGGCCCUCCUCAGCGUCCUCAUGAACAAGCAGCAGGACGUCGAGAUCGGCUCCCACCUCAGCGACUUCCGCGAGUUCACCAUCGAGCUCCCCCCCGAGUUCCGCGGCGAGGCCCUCAGCAACUCGGACCUCAUCCGCGAGGUGCACAACAGCUUCGCCCGCAGCGUCCCCUUCGCCGACGAGACGCAGCAGCGCUCCUCCGAGACCGAGGACGUCUUCCACUUCAUCGCGUACACGCCCGUCAACGGCGUGCUCUACGAGCUCGACGGCCUCCAGCCCGCGCCCAUCUCCCACGGUGCCUGCACGCCCGAGGAGUUCCCCACCCGCGUGGUGGAUGUUCUGCAGCGUCGCAUUGCGCGCUACGAUGCGACCGAGAUUCGGUUCAACCUGCUUGCCAUGUGCCGCGAUCUGCGAGCUCGGGCGAGGGAGUUUGGCGAUGACGAGUUGUUGGCAAGGGAGGAGCGCAAGCGAAAGGACUGGCUGUUUGAAAACGCACUUCGUCGACACAACUUUGUCGGAUUUGCUGGCGAGGUGGUCAAGGCUGUUGUGGAGGAGAAGUUGAAAGAGGGUGGUGAGGAAGGGUAUGACAAGUGGGUGAAGGAGAGUUUGGAGAGGCGCAAAGCUGCCGAGAAGGCAAGGAGAGCUGGCGAUGGGGACGUGGAAAUGGGGGGAUAG